AAUAGAAAAAUAAAGAAGCCACUUUGAGGCUUGAGCUGUUCCCAAUUCAGAAGUAAAAGGAAAAUAAUAAUACACAGAGAAAAGCCAAUCCACCUGUUCCUUUUCUUCUCGUCUCUGUUUUUUCCCCUUCUGCCUUGCCUGUUGCCUCUCCUCUCUAUUGUUCAAAGACUCAAAUCUUUCAGCCUUUCUCUGCCUUCAUGGAAGAUUUCAGAUCCAGGUCGUGUGGGGAUGGGAGGAUGCAGAUAGAGAGCUACUAUGGGGGCAGACCCACUGCAACUGUUAUGCAUGAUCUUAGAUGUUAUAGUGCUUCCUAUGCUUCUUCUGCACCACCACCACCCCCCCCACCACCACCACCAAUCCAGAUGGGGAAAGAUGCCAAGUUCAAGAAAGGUAAAAGUACUAGUGCCUCUACCUCAAAGAGUUGGAGCUUCAAUGAUCCUGAGUUGCAGAGGAAGAAGAGGGUUGCUAGCUACAAGGUUUAUACCGUGGAGGGAAAGAUGAAGGGGUCUUUGCGGAAGAGCUUCAGGUGGCUCAAGGACAGAUACACCCAGGUGGUCUACGGAUGGUGGUGAUUAUUGGGAUUUUCUUGUUUUGCGCCUCUGUUUCAGUUUAUAUGUUUUGGGCUAUGUAAGUCCAGUAUGCUUGACAAUCUCGAAUCUGAUAUUAUCAAAAUCUUUAGUUGACAGUCUUUCCAUGGACAUGGAUAGAUAGAUGAACUGGUUUGCUUAUUUAUGGAUUUCUUUCUUUGUAAAUGUAUGUAGUCGCUACGAGUUCGAUCAUUUCUUGCUAAGCUACUUUCUUUCCCCCUUUUAAUUUAACUAAUCUUUUUUUGUGGGUUUUGGCCGCAUCCUAGGGAUUUUGGAAGUUCUA